CAGCGAAAAACAGCACAGUGAAUGUGCGUGCUCCGUGUGUAAAACCGCCACAAAAACGUAUUUUCAACGUAGAACAAGUAUUGUAAACCUUCUUUAUGACUUUGUAGAAAGUGCUCGGUAUUGUAUACUGGUGACGGCGUCCAUGAAUGAACUUGAUUUGACUUUCCAACUCAUCGGAAACACCUUCAACUCGGCCACAGUCACUGGGUCAAGCAAGCUAUAACAUGCCUCAGAAGAGUAACACACUACCCACCUGGGGCAAUGAAGCAUCCAUGAACCUUAACCCUCUCAUCCUGACCAACAUACAGUCCUCGCCCUACUUCAAGAAUGAGCUCUUCAAGUUGAAGACCUACCACGAAGUUGUUGAUGAGAUAUUUUACAGGGUGGACCAUUUGGAGCCUUGGGAGAGGGGCAGUCGACAGACAUCUGGUCAGAUCGGCAUGUGUGGAGGAGUACGUGGUGUAGGGGCGGGGGGUAUCGUGUCAUCAGCCUACUGUCUGCUCUACAAGUUGUACACCUUAAAGCUGACUAGGAAACAGUUGAACGGCUUGCUAACCCACUCAGACUCCCCCUACAUCAGAGGCUUGGGAUUCAUGUUCAUCAGAUAUUCUCAACCGCCGGCUGAUCUGUGGGACUGGCUGGAGCCAUACCUUGAAGAUGAGGAGGAGAUUGAUUGCAAGGCAGGCUCUGGCAGUGUCAUGACCAUAGGUGAGAUGGUCCGUAGCUUCUUGACCAAGCUGGAAUGGUUCUCAACCCUCUUCCCUCGCAUACCGGUGCCAAUCAUGAAGGAUCUUGAGGUCAAGUUAGAAGGGUGGAAGGUUGGUUUCUUGGAGAGGCAACGAGAGCGACAGAUUGAGGAGGGACUUGCAGACAAUGCCGUCCCUGAGACACAGCCUGGCGGUAGCGAUGGAGAAAAAUACCAGAGGAAUAGGGAUAAAACACGUAGUAGAAGUCGGGAACGGCAUCGUAGUCGGAGUAAGGAGCGCCAUCGCAGCCACAGUAGAAACGACCGCCACAAACGAAGUCGAAGUCGCGAGCGGAGACGUCGGAGCAGGAGUCCCGAGAGGAGACAUCGUAGGAGCAGAGAUAGGAGCAGGGAGAGAAGACGUAGCCGCAGCCGAGACAGACGAAGGGAUCGCGAUGGGGACGACUUCUCACGGGCCUUACAACGCGAACGGGAACGGCAGCAGAAAGAACGGCGGGAACGACGGAGCUCCAGCAGAGAGAAACGACACAGCCGUGACAGGGACAGGAAGAGCGAUCGCGACCGGCGACGGAGUCGAUCACCAGACCGUAAAAAAAAAUCACAUUCCACAGAUAAAGAUCGUAGGAAAAGCCGCAGCCCUAGCCAGGAACGUAGGUGAUGUAAAUUACAGUACUUCGUAGUUAUUAUGGUAUUCUGUGCAAGGUAGUUAUUUGUUGAUCAGGUGCUUGCCGGAAUUAAAAGUAGUGGUUUUUUUAUAUCAUACUCUUGAUUUUGACAUUUCACAAGGAAAAAACAUAUUUUUGUUUAGGUCUGUCUUUAUUCAUGCUGUUUUUGGAUGUCAAAAGAAAUGUAAAAUAUUUGAAGUCUCAUU